AAAAAUGCAUAAAAUAUGAGACUAUAAGUGUGAAUGUUGUUAAUUAUCAUCACUCAUUAUUAUCUUCUUUCUUCUUUCAGUGCCAACAAAAUGCAGAAGCAAGUGGAGGUCAGGAUGGACGAGAACCAUCUGGAGCCCAUAGUGGACACGUCCGAUAGCUUUUGCAGCUCCUUCUGUGACAAGAUCAUGAAGAACAUGGUUCUUACUCUCACAAUCCUUGGUGUGUUUCUGGGCUCCAUCGCCGGGAUGCUUCUGCGGCACAUAUCGCCUCUCCCCGCCGACGUUAUAAUGAUCAUUGCCUUCCCCGGGGAGAUCCUAAUGAGGAUGCUGAAGAUGCUUAUUUUGCCGCUUGUUGUUUCCAGUCUGGUCACAGGACUGGCCGGUUUGGACGCCAAAUCCAGCGGGCGCUUAGGAACCAGGGCCAUGGUGUACUACAUGUCCACGACGGUGAUCGCAGCCGUCCUGGGGGUGAUCCUGGUGCUGCUCAUCCAUCCCGGAAACCCCAAGCUGAAGGCCAAUCUGGGACAGGGCAAGAAGAACGACGACGUGUCCAGCGUGGACGCCUUCUUCGAUCUCAUCCGAAACCUGUUCCCAGAGAACCUGGUGCAGGCCUGUUUCCAGCAGAUCCAGACGGUUAUCACCAAAAUACCGGUGCCCACCAACAGAACCAAAGCGCCUCCACAGUUCACAGUCAAGAGGUCGCUUCAGUUCAAGAGUGGGAUGAACGUCCUGGGUCUGAUUGGAUUCUUUGUGGCUUUUGGCGUCAUUAUGGGCAAAAUGGGAGAGAAGGCCAAGCUAAUGUUGGAGUUUUUCAACGUCCUGAAUGAGAUCGUUAUGAGGCUCGUUGGCGCAAUUAUGUGGUACUCUCCUGUCGGUAUCGCCUGCCUCAUCUGUGGAAAGAUCAUCUCCAUCGCUGACUUGGAGAUGGUCGCACGGCAGUUGGGGAUGUACAUGGUAACCGUGAUCAUAGGCCUCAUCAUCCAUGGAGGCAUCUUCCUUCCGCUGAUCUAUUUUGUGAUAGUAAAAGAAAACCCCUUCACGUUCUUUAUGGGAAUAUUCCAGGCCUGGGUCACUGCACUCGGAACAGCAUCCAGCGCCGGCACCUUGCCUGUCACAUUCAGAUGCUUAGAGGAGAACCUGGGCAUCGACAAGAGAGUGACGCGCUUCGUCCUCCCGGUGGGCGCCACCAUCAACAUGGACGGCACGGCACUGUACGAGGCCGUGGCAGCCAUCUUUAUCGCUCAGAUGAACGGGAUCGAGCUCGACUGGGGUCAGAUUGUUACUGUGAGCAUGACAGCCACCUUGGCCAGCGUCGGAGCGGCCAGUAUCCCCAGCGCUGGACUCGUGACCAUGCUUCUGAUCCUCACGGCGGUGGGUCUGCCCACUCAGGACAUCAGCCUCCUGGUGGCUGUCGACUGGCUGCUGGAUCGUUUCCGUACCUCGGUCAACGUGGUCGGAGACUCGUACGGAGCAGGAAUCGUGUACCACCUCUCCAAAGACGAGCUGGACUUGUACGACGCCCAGCAGGCCCGGAUGGACGAGUUUGAGAUGGCAAAGACACAAUCAUUCUUUGAAAAUAACACCAACCAGAAUGUAUACUCUCACCACAACUCAAUCUUGAUAGACGACUGCAAGGUCACCAUGGGCAAAAAUGGCAACACCGCAGCGUUCUCUCUUGUCGAAGAGGAACCGUGGAAAUGCGCGUAAAGCAGACGCAGCCGCUGCACCUUACCCUGAGUUUCACCAGCUUUUGCUUUCUGCCGACACAACUGUUAAAAAAAAAACACACAAAAAAACGACGACAACAACACAAGAAAACACACCAAAGAAAGAGAAGGUUAAAGGACGGACUGUCGGACAGCCAGUGGAGCGAACCAACAACUUGCAUUAGAUCUUGCAUUUGCACCAACAACACAAACUGUCGCAUUUCAUUCAAGGAGGAAUCAGUUGACAACACUCAGGGCCUUACUUGGUGCUGCUGCAAGCUUCCUGUCCUGAAAACAAACACAAAAAAAACCUUCUUCUUUGUGCAACAACUCUUGCUUUUUUUUUCCCUUUUCUAUUGAAGCAUUUUUCUUUGUAGCUUAAACGGCAGAGAGAUGAUGUGUGAACGAUGGCCUUGCCUGUUGAAUUAAACACAAGGACAGAGUGAGAGAUAAAAUAAAGAAAAAAAAGCCGGAGUGAAAUGUUCGCAAUCAGCGCAUCUUCAUUGUUGUUGCACUGUGAAUGGCUUUUAUGACUUCUGAAAUGCUCUGACGUCUAAUGAAAAACUAAAUUUAUGUAGCAAAAAUACAGCGCUUCUGGUGGCGCUUGCAGGGAAGUGCAGGACGUUUAAAUCACUGCACUACUUUUGACUGUUUGACUUAUGGGAUUAUUCCCUGAUGUCACACACGGUCAAGCCUAAGAAGUGAAGCUUAGGACUUAAGAGGAGGAAGGCGUGGCCUCUAAAUGUGGCAGCAAACAGUACAGAAUGUGUUGCAGAGAGCAAAGCUGAAAAUAGAGGACAUGAAGGGUGCCCUCGUAGUUCUCUCUCUCUCUCUCUCUCUCUCUCUCUCUUUCUUGUUUCUCUUUUGUAUGUGUGUGUUCUUUCAUGUGUGACGCACUGACUUUCUGUUAGCGGUCUGCCUGUGUCCUGGAUUCAUGUGUGUUUCCUGAGAGCAAGAGAAGAACUAGAAAGUUGGAGGUUGAAAACAAAACAAAAAGAAAAAAAAAAAAAAAAGAGAAUCGCCUCUCAAACUCUCUGCAGGCCAGUGCAUUGUUCUGUGUUUUAUUUCACACUGUUUAUUUUAUCUUUGCUAUAUGACAACCUUGCCUUGAAGAUGUCACAUGCAGAGUGCAGUCAGUAUGAUGACUAAGACGUUUCUGGAUUCAUUAUUUCAGUAGAAUAUUAUUCUUUAGCAGAGCGAUUGGAAACAGCCCCACCUUCUAACUUUUACUACAUUGAGUGCUCCUACUUUACAGGAUUAUUACUAUUUUCUAGACUUCACACUGCAGAUUUAGAUAAGAAAGAACAAGCUUGUAAAGAUAUUUUUUUAGUUAAUAAGCUAUGGUCAUGUCUGUUUAGCAAGUGCACACGAAAUUCUGCCUCCAGCACUCGCAUAAGUCUGAUGCCGCAACAACAAGGUCAUUGAUUCCAGUUUGAUAUGAACGUGUUUUUGAGUUUCACUCUCGGUAGAAACUCCUCAUAAACCUGAAACUGGUUUAUUUAAUUUCUCUGUCAUAUAAGCAACAGCUUAUAUACUCUUUUUUUAAAGUGCCUCCUUGCACUUUGUGUAUAUAUUCUCUUUAGAUAAAAUGUACAAAUCAAAUGUAUAGAACUUUUUGUCAUCAUAAUUGUUUUUUUUUGUUAUGCUAAACAUUUCUAUAAAGAUUCUAACUAUACAUAUAUAUAUACAUAUAUAAAUAUAUGCAACAAUGUUAGUAGAAGUUAAGUUUCUUCUCUGGGCCACUAGAUGUCUCAGUAGCUUGUGAAUUUAGCGUUGUUUAUUUGCAAAAAAAAUGCUGUUUUUAGGAGAAACUUCUGAGCUGCGAAUGGUUUUCUGGAAAAGCAAGUCCAAUAUUUCACAAUUUUCUCUUCUUUCAUGGCUGCUGUUCAUGACCCAUUUUGGCUAUUUAAAGGCUGAGGCGGUUUAGGAGGCGUGAGAAUAUUGGUGUUGGCAGCUACAGUUUGUCUACUUGUUGUGAGACCUCAGUAAGCCGUCCAGCGAUUGGCUCAACGCGCCGCCUUGGAAGAGAGUCUUUCUCAUAAAUUAUGAGCAAAAACCUGAUUUCAUGUCAAAAAUCCCAUCUUUUAUUCAUUCAUUACUUCGCUUGUCCAUCCCUUUGAUUCUCUACUGGUCCUCGUUCUGAUUUAGAAUUUGUUCUGGCCUAGUGUAGCGAGUGUUUUCUAUGAACAUGUGACACUGUACCAUCUUUAGAUGAUAAAACUUGUAUUUUCUAUUUUUGACUCUAUGCACAUAUUGGUCCGAGAAUGUAUUGAAGAAAAAAAAAUGUUCCUUUUCUUUCUUGACUGACUAAAUGCGAGGACGUAGGACUGAAUGGACCAAAGAAAUAAAAGUAUUCGUCCGGAAAACGGACUGAAAGUGUGUAAAGGUUUUAAUACUUGUCUGUAAAUAUUAAUGGAAACAAAUAAAUGUUUAUUGAUGAA